AUGAGUUUGCUCCGCCCUCUGCGUGGGGGCUGUCACUGUGGCCGCAAUCGUUACAUCAUCGACGUGCCGGAAAACGAGACUGAGCUGGCCCAGGUCAUUUUCAACACAGACUCCCUGCAUCGCAGUUCCCUGGCCACGCCCUUGGCCGCCUUCCUGCGCGUGCCCCUCGCGUGGCACCGCAGCUCAACGACGCCCUUCUUCCCCGACGAGACGCACGCCAUGAUCCACCGCGUCUUCGAGAGCCAGGACCCUGCGCAGCGGCAGACGAAGCGCUACUUCUGCGGGUACUGCGGCACGCCACUAUCCUUCUGGACGGAGCGGCCCCAGCGCGAGGCCGAUUUUAUCCAGCUGACGCUUGCGAGCCUGGCCGGCGAGGACCUGCGGGACCUCGAGGACAUGGGGCUGCUCCCUGAGCUCGAAGACACCAGGUCGCCCGAGGCCGAGCCCGAGCCUGAUUCUGAACCUGAGCCUGAGCCUGAUGUCGAGUCCGAAAACAAGUCUGGCGUUAGGACGGUACAGAUAGCGAGGCGCGCGGCUAGCAAUAGGGAAUCCCAGAGCGUGCCUUGGUUCAACAGCCUCGUCGAGGGUUCCCGACUAGGAAAGACGGUGCGGCAGGGCCACAGUAUCACGGAGAGAAGGAACGGCACGACGACUGUCGAGUGGGAGAUUGUCGAGUGGACCGAGGACGAUGAUGACCGAGACGGCAACGUUGCACCAGAGGUCGAGGAUGUGGACAUGAGCAGCGGGAACAUGAGCAGCGGGAACAGGAGCAACGCUGGCUCCAAGACUGGCAAGCGCAAGCUGCGCGACCGCGGUGACUCGGAUGUGGCUGCAGAGGGCACGCACUGA